AUGGUACCGCAGUAUAGCCGCUUCAACCGCGGUGUGGCUGGGCAAAUCCCGACGGGGUGGUUGGCCAAGCGAUACAGUAUCAGCCAGGAUAUAAUUAACCAGACCGACCCAAUUACACUCUUUUCUCUGGUCUGCACGGUCGAAGCGCUAUUGUGCUCGGGUAUCGUUAACCCUUACGAGCUAUACCAAAACGUGCACCUCUCCGAAGUGGGCAUUUGUCUUGGCUCCAGCAUGGGCGGGCUGUCGUCCCUCCGCAAGAUGCACAGGGAUAGAUACCUGAAGCACCCGGAAGUACAGGGCGACUUGCUGCAGGAGACCUUCAUCAAUACAACGGGUGCUUGGAUCAACAUGCUGCUCGCCUCAUCCGCGGGCCCGAUCCGAACCCCAGUGGGGGCAUGUGCCACGUCUCUCGAGUCUCUAGAUACGGCAUACGACCUGAUCAGUCUUCAAAAGGCAAAAGUGUGCAUUAUAGGGGGCUCCGAGGACUUUGUUGAGGACGUCUCGUUUAAGUUCGCCAGCAUAAAAGCGACCUGCGACACCGAUGCGGGAUAUGCGGCCGGGCGGGCCCCGAGCGAGAUGUCGCGGCCCAUGGCGUCGUCACGGUCCGGAUUUGUCGAGGCGCAGGGGGCCGGCGUCCAAAUCCACCUAGACUCCCGGUUAGGCAAAACAUGCUCAUUUGUCGGCGAAACCCUGGAUCGUUUCGAGGUCCAGGGCGACUAUCGUUUCACUUCAGGCAACCAGUCACGGAGGACGUCUUCCACCAUAAACACUGCGGUUCAGAAUCAAGAUCAGCACCAACGAGAGGCCAUCUCGCCCAUCCGCAGCGCGCUGGCUACGUGGAACCUUGGUGUGGACGACAUCGCCUUUGCCUCUCUCCACGGGACUUCGACGGUCAAAAACGACACAAACGAGGCGUCGGUGAUCCAGGCCCAGAUGCGCCACCUGGGUCGCCGCCAAGGAAAUCUCCUGCCGUGUAUUUGCCAGAAGUGGCUGACGGGCCACUCCAAGGGCGCGGCGGGCGCGUGGAUGCUCAACGGCGCCCUGCAGGCCAUGGAUUCCGGCGUGAUUCCAGGCAACUGGAAUGCGGAUAACGUCGAUGCCGAACUGCGCCAGCACGAUCUCCUCGUCUUUCCAGGAAUCGGCGGCAGUCUCGAGGGCCGCGUCGUGGACGCCUGCUCGGUCACGUCAUUCGGUUUUGGGCUAAAGGGAGCGCAGGCCAUACUGGUGCACCCGCGGCACCUGUUCGCAGCUGCCGGGUUGGGCAAGGAGGGCUUCGAGGCGUAUGCGCAGGCGAGGGCGGACAGGUGGAGGAGGGCGACCAGAGCCUUUGUUGAGGGCAUCGUGGAAGAAACGCUUGUGGGGAGUUGCAUCAAGGACAACAGGCCGUAUGGAAAGGAAGAAGAGGUUGAGGUUUUACUGGAUCCGACAAGGCGAUUCGGAUAA